UUUCUUCUUCUUCUUCUUCUUCGAGCGAUCUCGUUUUCAAUCGAAAGCUCGAUCAAUCGAGAAAGAAAGAGCGAGAGAGAAAGAGAUGGAUCCAGAGGCGGUAGCCAAGCAAUUCGUGGAUUUCUACUACCAAACCUUCGAUACCAAUCGCCCUGGCCUUGCUCUCCUCUACCAGGACUCCUCCAUGCUCACCUUCGAGGGUAGCAAGAUCCAGGGCGCCGCCGCCAUCUCUGAAAAGCUCACCGGCCUCCCUUUCCAGCAGUGCCGUCAUUCCAUAUCCACCAUCGAUUGCCAGCCUUCCGGCCCUUCUGGUGGUAUCAUCGUCUUCGUUUCCGGCCUCCUCCAGCUUGCUGGAGAGCAGCACGCUCUCAAGUUCUCUCAGAUGUUUCAUUUGAUGCCAGGUCCAACUGGAUUCUAUGUGUUGAAUGACAUUUUCCGACUAAACUAUGCGUGAUCACGUAUAAGAUUGGAACCCCCACUGGCACAAACUUUAUCUGGAAUUUCUCAUUGAAAUGAUUGUUGGGUUGUUUUUAGUUUGAACAUUUGCUAUUCCAUUUGAAUGGGAUCUGUGGAAAGA